UAAUGUCAUCGCAUUUGAUCGGGAAAAGCAGCUUCUCAAUAAAAUUAAAGGGCCUCAGAACAUCUCCCGCUCGACCGAGUGCGUCUGUAAGAUACAUAAGCUCAAGUUCACGGUAUUAGUUUCGCGUUGAGGCGAAGACAGAGGCGUAAAUAUUCAAGCUAGCAGUUAGAGUUAGCUGGUGGAAAAGCAAAGCUCGGAUCGUUAAUCCUCGGGGAUCCGCUUUGUUAAAAGAGGGCGAGUUUCUAACGGUGCAGUCGACUGCUUCGAGAUUAAACCCGUUGUUGUCUGUCCGUGAGGAAGAUAAUUUGUUGGCCGCCAUGAAACUGUUGGAAAACUCCAGCUUUGAAGCCCUCAGCUCACGGCUGUGCGUUGAAACAGGGGAGUCCCGCAUCCUUGGAAGGAUUGAGAGCUACUCCUGCAAGAUGGCAGGCGAUGAUAAACACAUGUUUAAACAGUUCUGCCAGGAGGGCGAGCCACACGUCCUGGAAGCCCUUUCUCCCCCUCAGUCCACCAGCCCCUCGCAGCUGGGGAAGAGCAGCGAAGAUGGGGAGAACCCUUUGAGUGACAAGUGUUGCAGGAAGACCCUGUUCUACCUCAUUACCACACUCAACGAGUCCUUCAGGCCUGACUAUGACUUCAGCGCCGCCCGGGCCCACGAGUUCAGCCGGGAGCCCAGCCUCAACUGGGUGGUAAAUGCAGUGAAUAGCAGCUUGUUCUCCUCUGUGGGAGAAGAGUUCAACUCUGUGGGACCCGAGCUGUGGAACGCCAUCGACCAGGAGAUCAACCUGCAGGGCUGUGACAUUUACAGCUACAACCCGGAUCUGGAUUCGGAUCCUUUUGGUGAAGAGGGGAGCCUCUGGUCCUUCAACUACUUUUUUUAUAACAAGAAACUGAAGAGGAUUGUGUUCUUCACGUGUCGCUCCGUCAGUGUUCUUAGCGGCUAUGGUCGAGGUUGCCUCGACAACGAGCUGGACAUGGAGCUGGAGGACGAGGUAGAGAUGGACGGCUUCACCGAGGAAGGGUGUCCCAGAGCUCUGUGUGUCUAGAUCCUGGAUAUGCAUCAUCCUAUAUACCUGUACGUUCUUUUUUUGUGUUUUUUUUCUGUGGGCGUUUUACCGCCUCAUCUGAACUCAUUUUGUUGUUUUGGACUGAUGCAUGUUUGGCCGCUUUCAGUCUGCUGGCGAACUCCGCGACCCUGAGGAGGUGGACGUUUUAGUAAAGACCCUCACUGCGACAAGUUCCUUUUAUUAUCCACAUUAUCAUUUUUGAACCAUGGGCUCUUCUCUCCAUGUUUUUCCAAAGAGACUUUAUCAUGGAUGCUUGAGCAGAAGAGAGGUUUAAAAGACUGCCAGAGUUUGUUCUUAACUGGUUGGACAUAACACUGCUCCAGAUUACAUUAGCGCCAGUGACAGGCAUUAAAGUCCAACUUUGCACAGAACCGAUUUGAUGGAAAACCAGAUGUGACUGAACGAACAGCCAGCUUUGUGUCUUCAGUGUCUUUAUGUGUGAAAGUGAUGUUACUGUGAAAUGUUUGACAUCCUGGGAAAAAAAAAAAAAAAAACCUUUUUAUUACUGAAACCUAUCUUAUUGUAGCUGUUUUACUGCAAGUGCUGAUCUCUACCCAUUCUGACACCGAGGGGUUGGCAUCUGGGCUGCAGCUUAGAAAACAUAUCAGCUUUUUAGGCAUUUGCUUAUAUAUGCUUGUAAUGUGAUUUGAAUUGGGUUUGUUUUAAUUUUUUGCCCCCAGCUCCAUUCCUCAAAGUUUGUUCCUGCUGUUUUAACUUUCUCAUCACCUUGUUGCAAUGCUUCUUUAAAAAGUGAAUGUGUAGACUUUUUAGAAACCAAACAGCUCCUUCAUUAAAUUGACUGAAUGGGUUCAGUGUCUUUUAGACUACUCUGCCUUGUUUUGAUUGGCCAGUAGUGCAGACCUUAAUAAAUUGGUGUUGAUAUCAGAGCUGCCUGAAUUUAAUCUGGAGCUAAAACAAUGGAAGCAGAAAUAAACACUUGAAAUGCAGAUUCAUAUAUUAGAAUAUAAUACAAAGUUAGUUUAGUUCCCUAAUUCAAUUUUAAACUGAAACUUGGUGUAUAGAUUCAUUACAUGUUGAUAUUUGAAGUGUUAAUUUUGAUCAUGAUUAUGGCUUACAGAUAAUAAAUCCCACUACUGCAUUGUUCAAAUAAAAGGACUGUAAUGGCUUUACACAA